AUGGUCAUUGACAUGUACCUUCCCAUGUACUUCCCACUCUUGCAGAUCUGUGCCGACAUAGCACGGCCUGUAGCUAUCAUCACGGACAGAGUCAAAGAAGACACAAAGAAGUCAAAGUACUCGUGGCGAGAUCGAGAUUCGCCUCGGGUUGCGCGGAUGCUAGAGAAUUACGAGUGUUUCCAAGAGCUGGGCGGUCCAUACCGGCUGCGAGACCAAGAGGGGGCAAACCUAGAUGAUUCGAACUGGCUGUACCGAUUGCAAAUGUGGCUGAGAAACAACGCUGCAGUUGAGAAGGAGCAGGACACGGAGACGGAGGACGUCGGCGACAGUUAG